AUGACUUCUGCAGAAAACCUAGCAUUAAGAAUAAACGAUGUCGUUUCCAGACUUCAGAGGGAGUUGAGAUGCGGAAUUUGGUUUGCUCCUAAAUUUUCAAGUAUUUCGAAUUUUCAAUUCAGUUGUUCAACCUUCAAACAUCCGACAGUAGCUAGUUGCUUACACGUUUUCUGUAAAGAAUGCUUAGAUGAAUGCUUUCGGCGGCAAAGGAAGUUGUUCUGUCCGAUCUGUAGGCAUGUUCUAGAUAGAAGGUGAGUAAAAGCUUGAUUUUUUUUUUUUUUGAAUGUUAGGUUUCAGGAGUUGUGCAGAAUCUUCGCAACUGGCCGCCAGUGUGCAGCAGUAUCUGAAACUUUCGGUUGCUUUCAAGUUGGACGUCGAGAAGCAAACUGCCUUUCAUGUACCUCCCGAAAACAAGUUCGCAGAAAGCCAGGUAUGGUUGAGUUUUUCAAGAGGAAUUUCACGCUUUCAGAUGCCAGAACAAGAUGUCGCCAAAGUUCCUGAGCCUACAUUUGCAGUACCUGCUAUCCCUAUGGUUUCGUUUCAGAACUAUUCAAAAAAUAUAUUUUUGAAGAGGAGGAAGAAGUUAAGUGCGCCUCUGAGGUCUCCUGCACCAGAAGAAGUCAAGAGACCAAAAUUCGAUGAGGUUCGAAGAAAUGAGGCAUACAACCGACAUUUCCUCCAUUCCAGCCGAUUCCUGACAAAUUACCGGAAGCUGCGAAGUUUUCUGAAAAGGAAGUUCAAACAGAUAAAAGCUCACCGAUUCCCGAAGUUCCUGAAACGAUUCCCAGCGAUCCCUUGCUGCCUUGCUGGAGGGAUUUCGAUCUGGCCGAAUUGUUGCAAAAGUAUUUAGGUGAGAAAGUAAAUAGAAUCAUCUACUGUCACAUAUUUCAGUUCUCAAAAACCAAGACGAAGAGUUAGAUGAGAUCGAUGCUCUUUUCGAGCUUAUUCCAAAAUCGAAACCCUUUCUCACCAAGGUUAGUGCUCGUACUGAUAAAAGCUUCAUCGUGAAACCUAUUUCGGGUAUUUAUUUGUUUUUUCGAGUUUUUUUUUAUUUCAUGUCAAGAUAAAAGCAAGGGUUAUUAGAAAAUUUCAAGAACCAAAAAGUUCUCAACAAAAUUUGAUUUUUUUGUCGUAUAAUUUAUUUUUUUAAUUCAACCGAGUAUCUUUCAGUGGUAAUCAUUACAUCCGUUUUUCCAUUUUUUUAGGAGAAAUAUUUAAGAAAAGAAACUUCUUUAUAAAUUUUUUUCUGAUUAAAAUUUGAGAUUGAACUAAUAAAAAAAUAAUCUCAGUUAGUUUUAUUUUUUUCUACCUCGAUAAUUUUUUUAGCAUAUCGCAAAAUUGGCGACGAAAACUGGAAGAAAUGGAUUGUUCUGUAGGAAGUUCAUUUGUAAGUGCCAACAAUUCGAUGCCGGGUAUGAAAAAAAAAGAAGAUAUAUCAACAGAAAACGUUUUUUUCAGUACUCAAGCCACAGGAAGACGAUGAAAUCGUCGAGGAUUCGGAUCCUGAUGACGAUGAUCACACCGCCAGCCACUCUCGCAGUGUUUUUUACUUCAAAUUUUAAAUUUAUCAUUCUUUAUUUGCAUCGCAGGUACCCAGGCUCAGUGAUUUUAACAAUGCUAACGAAUCAACGGUUCUAGCUUUUUGCGGUUUGAAUAAUUUCAUUUUCACAGUAGUGCUCUUUUUUCAGAUAACAGUCAGUUGUUGGAUAUGGAACUUGAGAGGGAGCCAAUCGUUUACAGCGUUUCUCGGCUUCGAAAUGAAGAAGACCAUGUAAAUUUGGAAUUAUCGGGGCUCAUGAAGUGGAUAAAUGGAUGAUCAACAAGAAUUAGUCAAGGAUUUUGGAAAAAUUUUAUUUAAGGAAGGGAUUAUCCAAAAACUCUGCACGCUAAAAAUUUUUUUUCAUUUUCUCUCGAUUAUAAUUCUUUUUUUCAUAUUUUUUUCCGAAUUGCAAGAAAUUUUUUUAGAAUAUUAGUUCGGGUCAGUACCCCUCUUAAUGUCCUUUUGACUCGUGAAGAAAUUUUUUUGUGAAAGAUUAAUCUUUAACUUAAAAAAACUAACUUCUUCCUUAAAUUAUUUUUCGAAUUGACAAAAACGGUCUUGUUGCUGAUUUAAUUUUUUUGAAAAAGUGAACCCUCAAGUAAUUUAAGAAAACAUCGGAUUUUUUUGCAUUUUUUUCUCAAAACUUUUCUCGUUCUAUUUACCCCAAUAGCAGUCAUUUGACAAAGGAAGUUCUUCCUGCUGCAAGAAAAAAAACAAUUUUUAGAACUUUUCUUCCGGUACUUCCAAACAAAAAUGACUAUAUUUGGUAGAGAACUUUUUAGGCUUAGAAUCUUAGAAUAAGAAAUUAGUUCAUCUCAAAUGUCUCGGACAAAUGCACUUUUGCAGAGGUUAGUGGAAGAGUUUCACGCACAAUUUCUUUCGAGCAAUUGUCGAUUAGAAGAAGAAAUUGGCCCCCAUUCGACACAUCUCGUUAUGAUGAACACCGGUUCGUCUGGCGGUUUUUUCUGUUGAAAGAUCAAGUGAACUCUUUGAUUUCCAUAAUUUCAGCCAUUCGUUUUCUUUUUUAAAGGGCAAUAUUGUUCCCAUUGUCUUCUAGAAGAUUUCGGGAAAUGCAAUGUCUUCUGUUUUUCAAAAAUCGCGUUAAAGUUAGAACUAUUGAACCAGUAAAAAUCAAAAAAGUUUGAAAAGUUAUAACGCUGAUAAGUUUUCGAACAACGAGGUUUCUUAUCAUUUACAGACUAAUUCGAUUAGUAAGUAGACUUCGGAAAGCUACUCUAUGGACUUUGAUGUCUGUGGCGAAUUUUUCCAUCAAAAUGAAAUGUCGAAAAUCUUUGUGUAUCAUUUUGGGAGUCAUUGUCUGGCAAGAAGAAACGAAUGAUGAAAUUCAUGUUUUUCCUUUUGAAAUAUUUCUCACGAAUCAGCACGGAGCGGCUGCAAAAUAUUUAUGGAUGUGGUCGCAAGUCUAAUAACUUUUCGGACGAAAUUUAAAAAAAGGUGGAAAUUUUUUGACGCGAAAAGAAUCUAGUUCGAUGUUUGAACUGGUCUCAGAGGCUUAAUCUUAUACAUACAACAUUUAAGAGGUUUUUUUUUGAGUUUUAUUUGCGAAUAUCUUGAAACUUCUAAAGCUCUGAGUUCAAUUUGAAAAACUUCAAAACAGAUUUAACCAGUAGAAAAUCAACGUUGAAGACCUGAACUUUGAGCGCUGAGAAUUUUUUCUCGGCGACUUUCUGAAAAAAGGAUCAUGGUUCCAUAAUUCGAAUUAAAAGUUUAAAAUUCCGGUUUUCUAGAGAGGAGACUCUGUAAAAAUAGGGAAACCAUUGUGAAAACUAUCUCCGAUAAGUCUAUCAUGGAAACAAACUUGACUAACUUCUCUGAACACUCCGUAGUCUGAAAGAUAAAGGAUCAAUUUUUUAAAACUCAGUUAUUGCCUUAAAUUAAUUUCUGCGACAUCUACCGUUUAAGCAAUGAAAUAUUAGGAGUUCCAGAACCAAAAAGAUUUUUGAAACAUUCAAAUAGCCGAAAUCAAUUAACUCGAAACGAAUUUUCACCUGCUGUUCAUGUGCCAUUAAAAAAAUUUGAAAAUAAAAAAAGUUAAACAUUUUUGGAAUGUGCUUCACAAUUUUAAUUUUUAGUUCGGAAGUACGUAACCCCUGGGGAAAGAUUUGAUCGAUAACGAAUGAAAAAUCAAGGCAAGAAUAUUUUUGUUGCUUAGAUCCGGAAAAAUUCCUCGUUUUUUUCCAAUAAAUUUAUCGUCAAAUUUUUAAAAAAAAUCAUUCUCUUUAGUCGAAAAAAAGCUCCAUAUCUUUUUUUUGUUGACCAGGUGGAUGAACCCAAGCGUCCUCAUUGAAGAUGAUGAAGCACUGAGGGAUCGUGUUUCAGAAGGACGCAGAUGUCCGCAGAAGUCGCUGAUGUUCGCUUUCGCCGUGGCUCGCCACUGUGAGAUCAUCUGCCGCGAUUGGAUGGAUGAAUGUUUGCGAACCAAGACUCUUCUGUGCCCGGUUUCGUUGUGUUUGCAUUGCAUCCCCCUUAUUUUUUGGUGUUUGUCUUAUUAAUGCUGUCCUUCUCUACUCACCAGCUUAACUUUGAAUAUCUCUGACGAGUUGAGGAAUCCUACGCGAUAACAUCGAGCGGCGCUGUCUUUUCCAGCCCGGACGAUGAAGAUAUCGAAAGCCAGAACGAGAAAGGGCAGGGAUGGGAAAAGUCCAAGACCGAAAGGUCUCUUCUUUUCAAAGGCCUCAGUUUCCUCAUUCUGAGGCGUUUUGCCGCUUCUGACAACCUCGACUACAAGGUUUGUUAACGAGCUUGUGAAUCUGGUAAGCUAACAAGGGAUACGAAGUGAUUAAUCCAAGGCGUAUGUGCUCUAUGGACAACUAAAGACUGACAGGGAUCUUGCGGCUGAAAUUUAAUCCCGAUAAAAUUUCCGUGGCUUGAAGUAAUAAGUUUUCAAAAUUCCCAAAACUCGAUUAGAACAUUUCUUAAAAACUGAAUUUCUUCUCAGAUUUUCGUUUCUUGGGUUCUGCUUUGAGGAGGUCAGGCUUUGAAGAAUUCUUGAAUAUCUCAAAAUUAGCCGCAGCUUUUUCGUGCAACUGUUUUGAUCGCCUUAUUUCUGAUUCUUCCAGAAAUUGGCUGAGCUGACCAAGCUGUGCGGAGGUACGCUACUCGAGUCUUCUCAGCCGACCGUUUUCGAAACGUCUUUUGUCGUUUUUGGAUCAUAUUCUACUAAAGAAGGGGAAGCUCGUCUUGCCGAAAGUGACUACGGAUGCCGGGUUCGAAACUCUUAACUAUCGCGAAAAUAUUGAGCUGAAAAACAGCAUUAUUUGAGACUCACUUUUACUGCUUGUUCUUAUCAAAAAAAAAUCUUUUUUUUAAAGGUUAUCACGGCGGAAUGGAUUCUGGACAGUAUUUGCGAGUACAGGCUCCUACCUUUCGAAGAUUAUCGAGUCAAAGCAGUUUAA